UGACUGACGGAUGUGUAAACGGACCGCUAGUUCGUUAUUUAUUUGUUUCGUAUUUCAAUGUAAAAAUUUUGGUGACAAAAGUAAAUUAAUCUUAUGGACAUGUAAUUAAAAAGUGACUGCAUGAAUCUUUAAUGCUUGGUUUUUUGUCUAAAAUGCUUGUGCCGUUGUCGGCGUCUUAUUGUAGGUUAUAAACUGAAUCCUAUUCGUCAUCAAUUUGCGUUUUCUAUAUCGACAAACGUUUCUUUCUACUAAUAGAACAAAAAUUAAAGUGCUUUUAGUGUUUGACAAUUUCUAGUUACAACAGAAGAAAUUUUAAAGCAAAAUGGGGCUGAUUUUAUCAAAACUUCGCCGUAAGAAAACAACAUCAGAGAUCCUGGAACGCUUGGAGGCGAACAUAAAGAGCAUAGAGCGGGAUGGUCACUGCAAAGAACAGACGCACCGGCGUGUGGUCGGCUACGUCAUGGCGUACUCCGUGGGCCUUUACGUGCUGCUUGCCGUUCUGUACUACUAUGUUUACGUUGGUCGCAGUCAGUACUGGUUGCAUUCACUGCUCUACGCCUCCCCGCUUCUAGUGUUGCCAAUAUUAGUAUUUUUCAUUCGCACUACGAUAUCGUGGUAUUACACCUGGUCUUUGAACAAGAAUAAAAUGAAACUGAAGACUAUGAGAGAAGAGAAGAAGAAAAUAUUAGAAGAAGUUAUGAAUACUGAAACAUAUAAGGUUGCUAAAGAAAUUCUCGACAAGUAUGGUGGUCCGGAGGAGCAAUCUAAUGCGCUAAAGCCUUUGCUGCCGGCUAUAACAUCUCCGAACAACGUGAACAACGCACCUAAUUCCGCACCAGGUAGAUCAGUCACAUCAACACCAGUGCCAUUCAGACAGAAGCAGCUGGCACUGCAAGCCUCCACGCCUGUGAACCGCAACAUGAACUUGAUGGCCAUCAACAAUACAACCACUGCUUUGUACAAAGGACCAAGACUCCGAUCAAAUCAACUUCCUCGGCCCUUGCUGGAUAGAAACCGCUCGACUCUAGACAAAGUGAUAGACUACCUGAUGAAGGAUGGACCCAACCAUCGCAUGGCGCUUAUAUGUUCAGAAUGUUUUUCACACAACGGUAUGGCAAUGGUGGAGGAGUUCGAGUAUGUGUCAUACUCGUGUGCGUACUGCGGCCGGCUGAACCCAGCGCGCAAGCAGCGCCCCACCGCGCCACUGCUGCAGCCAGUCAGGGCGCUGCUGCCGCCUUCCAAUAUCAUAACUAAUUCCGGCGAUGAUUCGUCAGCUGAGAGUAACACCAGCGACAGUGAGGAAGAAAGAAGAAAUAAUGUAUCGAAUACUGAAAAUAUGGACGUAUCGGAAUGCGAAAUGGAUCGACCCCCUUCUUCCUCUGAAGAGGAACCGAAAUCCCCAAUUGAGAAGAAAGAAGACUGAACGACUUUUGUCAAUUUUUCCAUUGUCCUCGUGUUCCUCCCCACUCGGACAACCGAGCGGUGACGGAGAGCUAAAAAAAAUAUGUCGCG